AUGCUGUGGGUGGACUGGCCCCCCGUUGGGUCGGAGAGUGCCCUUCCAGACGAAGUGCUGCUGGGACUCACCUGUGAGGACCCUACUUUCAUGCAAGGCACCGCUUUCUCUGCUACUCUGCCAACCCAGCCACUCGCACCGUUGCCAAUAGCAAUGCUCCCCAAACUCGCUGCUCUGUCUGGCUCCGCUCCCUGCAUUAGGGACGGUUCCACACUGCAGCAGGUGGAGUGGCCGCGCGUUGGGUCGGAGAGUGCCCUUCCAGACGAAGUGCUGCUGGGACUCUGCUAUGAGGACCCUGCUUUCAUGGAAGGCACCGCUGUCUCUGCUCCUCUGCCAACCCAACCACUCGCACCGUUGCCAACAGCAAUGCUCCCCAAACUCGCUGCUCUGUCUGGCUCCGCUCCCUGCAUUGGGGAUGGUUCCACACUGCAGCAGGUGGAGUGGCCGCGCGUUUGGUCGGAGAGUGCCCUUCCAGACGAAGUGCUGCUGGGACUCUGCUGUGAGGACCCUGCUUUCAUGCAAGGCACCGCUUUCUCUGCUCCUCUGGCAACCCAACCACUCGCACGGUUGCCAACAGCAAUGCUCCCCAAACUCGCUGCUCGGUCUGGCUCCGCUCCUUGCAUUGGGGAUGGUUCCACACUGCAGCAGGUGGAGUGGCCGCGCGUUGGGUCAGAGAGUGCCCUUCCAGACGAAGUGCUGCUGGGACUCUGCUGUGAGGACCCUGCUUUCAUGCAAGGCACCGCUUUCUCUGCUCCUCUGCCAACCCAACCACUCGCACCGUUGCCAACAGCAAUGCUCCCCAAACUCGCUGCUCUGUCUGGCUCCGCUCCCUGCAUUGGGGAUGGUUCCACACUGCAGCAGGUGGAGUGGCCGCGCGUUGGGUCGGAGAGUGCCCUUCCAGACGAAGUGCUGCUGGGACUCUGCUGUGAGGACCCUGCUUUCAUGCAAGUAACCGCUUUCUCUGCUCCUCUGCCAACCCAACCACUCGCACCGUUGCCAACAGCAAUGCUCCCCAAACUCGCUGCUCUGUCUGGCUCCGCUACCUGCAUCGGGGAUGGUUCCACAUUGCAGCAGGUGGAGUGGCCGCGCGUUGGAUCGGAGAGUACCCUUCUAGACGACGUGCUGCUGGGACUAUGCUGUGAGGGCCCUGCCUCCGCACAACGUGCUGCUCUCUCUGCUCCUCCGCCCACGCAGCCACGCGCACCCGCUGCUCUUUGUGCCUUCGCUCCCGGCAGCACGAGCAGCUGCAUUUCAGCGGUGCUUGCGGGGAGUACGUGUGGCACAGAGGAGCAGGAAUACGUUGAUGCAUGCAUUGACGCGCUCUGGAACGGAAGCAACACGGACAACAACAGCAACGGCGCUGACAACAACAGCAACGGCGCUGACAACGGGGGCAUUGACAACCACAGUGACAGGGACAUGGGUGCUCUCUUUCUCAACACGCAUGUUGUUCAUGUGCUGCUGAGUGGGAGUGCCCUCACCAUGCCCUUGCCCAGUGGGCCUCAAUCUCAGGGGCCUGCACCCCCUUGUGCUGCCGGGACAGCCGUGUUAGAGUGGGCGGUGGAGCAGGGAGUGACCGUGGAGGAAGGUCGUCAGCUACACAGGCAGCAGCAGUUUCUCACCAACCCACGCCCAGUUGUGCUGCAACAGCCCUUCUCCUCCGGUGCUCUACCAGCUCUCUGCCACCCCCCUGUUGCCUCCUUAGCCCGACACGGCCUUUACUCUGGGAGCUGA